CUCAGGACCCCCCCCCCCCCCCCGGCCUUCGCAGCGCGCGCGUCCUCGGACCUCACGGCCUCCGGCAUCAUGGGCAGACAGAAAGUGUUUUUGGACAAAAUGGUCAGCACCUUCCGCAUCCGGAACCUGCUGCUGCGCCAGUCCCUGGCCGAGUGCCUGGGCACCCUCAUCCUGGUGAUGUUUGGCUGCGGAGCUCUGGCCCAGCUGGAGCUGAGCAAAGGGUCUCACGGCAUUUUCCUCACCGUCAAUCUGGCCUUUGGCUUCGCUGCCACCUUGGGCAUCCUGGUGUGUGGCCAAGUAUCAGGGGGGCAUCUGAACCCUGCCGUGACCUUUGCCCUGUGUCUGCUUGGAAGGGAGCGCUGGAGAAAGUUCCCCAUGUUCUUCCUCUUUCAGAUAAUUGGGGCCUUCUUUGGUGCCGCUGUCAUUUAUGCGAUGUACUAUGACGCCCUGUGUGAGGUCCAUGGAGGUUUUGAUACGACUGGGCCUAAUUCUACUGCUGGCAUCUUUGCUACCUACCCCGGAACCCACCUCUCUUUUAUGAAUGGCGUGUUUGAUCAGCUGAUCGGCACAGCAGCACUGAUCGUCUGUAUUCUGGCUAUUGUGGAUCCAUACAACAACCCCAUCCCCCAGGGCCUGGAGGCCUUCACUGUGGGCUUUGUGGUUCUGGCCAUUGGGCUAUCGAUGGGCUUUAACUCAGGCUACGCUGUCAACCCUGCCAGAGACCUUGGGCCACGUCUCUUCACUUCUAUAGCCGGGUGGGGUUACGAAGUUUUCACGAUUGGCAGCGGCUGGUUCCUGAUCCCCGUCUUCGUCCCGUUUUUCGGCACCAUCAUCGGCGUGGUCCUCUACCAGAUGAUGGUGGGACUACACGUGGAGGCGGAGGUACGCGAGAGGAGGAGCUCCGAGCAGGAGAACGUCCGGCUCACCAACGUCAACAGCAACAACUCCAAGGGGGGAACCAAAGAAGUGAACUAGGUGUGCUAGAAGCUCCGCACGCUACAGCGUGCGCGUCCUGUACAUAGCAACUAACUCUUCUCUGAUCCAAACCAAAGAAACGUGGCACGUUAAAACAGCCACUCUCUUCACAUCUUAUGUCUACUUUGAAAUAGUUUGAAACACUUCUAGACAUAUUGUUAUACAGGUGGAAUUGAUUCCUUGGCAUUUUAUCAGUCCUGAUGCUUUCAAACACAACAUCUGACUACAGGGAAACAUUAAGGUAUUGGAAAACACGCCCUUGUUUUAGAAUAUUGUACAGUUAAAGUCAUGUAUCUGAACACAUUGGCUUCAGUCUUUGCUUUUUACUGCAGCAAUAAUGAAGCUGCUGUCCUUUUAUAUAUAUAUAUAAUCUCUUUCCUGACCAUCAGUGCCUUUGUAUGAACUAAAUGCUCUUCCUGUAUAUAUAGAAACUUUUAGGCUUCUAGUGCAUUUUUUUAACCGUCCUGCCUCUUGUAUGACUGAGCGCUAUACUGGACUCUGAGCACGUUUGUAUUUUGUACGAAGGCUGAGGGGAAAUACUUUUGUAUUAACACAAUAAAGUUCUGUUUUUUAUUGUU